AUGUUGAAGAAUGUGAAAGUGCUCAAUGUCCCAUCUCAACCAACUGAGAAUAGUUUUAGAUCCAGCAAUGCUAAAAGAAUAUUAACACAAGAUAGUCCAUAAAUAAAUAAGGAGAAUUCUAAUUUUAGACUUGAUUAAUCCUCAAGCUAAAUUGAAAUUUAACUUAAACAUUACAUGUAAGAGAACAAAAAACUCAAUGAUUUGGUUUCCAAAUUAACAAAAGAAAAACAAGAAUUACUUGAUUAAAUUAAUAAUACAGAUUUUAAUGUCAUCAAAUAGAGAGUAGAAAGAUUAGAAUCUAUCAUUGAUCAUUAAUCAGAUGAAAUUGAGGAUUGGAAGAAUAAAUAUAAAGAUGUAUGUUAAACUGAUUAAACCACAUCUAUCAUCCAAAAUAUGGAAACAUAAAUAGCAUCAUUGCUUAAGGAAAAUGAAAAGCUAAAUAACAAUAAUUUAAGCGAAAUUAAAAAAAUUGGGAGUUUAGAAUAGAUUAUCAAAGAUCUAGAAUACAAAGUGGCUGAUUAAAACAAUUAAAUUAUUGCCUAUGAAGAAGAACGAAUCAUAUACCACGAAUAACCAAAUAAUACAAUAAAUUAAAAUUUGUUAGAAUAUGUAUAACUUAUAGAAAAAAAUAUCACAGAUAUGUCUUAAUAUGAACAGGAUAAUCAAUAGAAAUAUGAAAAUUUGAGGGAAGAAUUUAACAAUCUCAAUUCCAAAAUGAAUUAGAUUAAUUUUUAAACCAAUAAUGUAAAUCAAUUUGCUGAAAUCUUAAAAGAAUUGAGAAAUAAUAUUAACAAAUAGACCAAAUGA